GUAGGAGUAGGAGUGGGAGGGAAUUUGAAAACUACCAAACAAACCCACCCCUGGAAUAAAUUCUCUCUUUAUGAGUAGGAAAUUUCGUGGAAGCUCACUCUAUGGACUCCUACUUAACAACCCCUCCAUCCAUCCAUCCAUCCAUCCAUCUCCUCAUCUCUCUACCUAAAUAUGAAGCUGAUCAAAAACUACUUUCCCAAAAAUUUCUUGAAAUCCAAAAAGAGAUGUGGAUCGAACCUAUCCCGUUCCGAUGACUCUACAACGACCUCCUCGUCUUCGACAAGCGUUCUACCAACCUCAUCGAACGAGUGGUCGGAUGUUGUUCAAGCGUUAUCAGUGAUAAGAAGGGAAAAGCUGGAGGCGAUAUUGAGUCGAGUUGGAGGUAAGUCCCCGCCGAGCGAGGAGGAACUGGGACUGUUGCUCAACGAAUUAGAAGACAAGAGUGGUGAUGGGUGGGUUACUCUAGAGGAGUUUGAUGGCGGAGACAUGAAAGAUGCGUUUGAUUUUUUCGACGAGGAUCAUGAUGGGAAGAUAACUGCAGAGGAAUUGUUCAACGUGUUUAGAAUGAUGGGAGAUGAAGGAUGUACUUUAGAGGAAUGUAAGGAUAUGAUAGCAAGUGUAGAUAAAAAUGGUGAUGGAUUUGUAUGUUUCGACGACUUUUGUCUUAUGAUGGAACAACAAUCCGCCCAUUAAAACUUAUGCUAUUAUGGCCAAAAAUUGCAUCGGAGUUUCAACUUUUUCAGAAAGUUAUGGGGAUAAAUUUCUUCAUUUGUUUUUAGUCCA